AUGGGUAAAAAGAAGCGCGGUCAUCCCGAUCUCGAAGAAUUACUCGCCCGACCAUGGUGCUACUAUUGCGAACGAGACUUUGAUGAUCUCAAAAUCUUGAUUUCGCAUCAGAAAGCGAAACAUUUCAAGUGCGAGCGAUGUGGACGGCGACUGAAUACAGCUGGAGGUCUGUCGGUUCACAUGAGCCAAGUCCACAAAGAACAGCUAAGCGAAGUCGACAAUGCUCUACCCAACCGAUCAAGCCUCGAUAUUGAGAUUUUUGGCAUGGAAGGUGUCCCCGAAGACGUCAUUCAAGCUCACAACCAACGUGUCCUUGCACAGUUUCAGCAAGCUGAAGCUGAGCGUCGCGCAGCUACAGGAAAUCCUCCGCCGGGAGUCACGAAGGAUGGCGGUCCGGCCAAAAAGCCAAAGCUGGAGAUUUCGGAUCUGAAGAAGCGUUUGGCAGAGCAUAAGGCGAAGUUGGCGAGUGAGGGUAAGCCGUCGGAGGCUAGUAGCGGUUCAGUUACGCCUGUUGGAGCUGGUCAGAGUGCCAGUCAGAGUGCUAGCCAGACUCCAAGUGGCUUUCAGGGUCAGUCUUUCCAACAGGCCCCAACUCAACAAACUGCGCCCACUGUUCCAGCACCAAAUCAAUAUCCGAAUCCUGCAGCACCUUACGGAGCCGUCAGCUCUCCAUAUCAACAUACUCAGAGCCCUAUCUACCCAAGCUACCCGCCGAAUGCGCAGCAACUACCACCAGCACCGCAGCAAUAUGGCGCUCCAUMCGCUYCCCCGCCACAAUUCCAACCUGGACAGACACCCCCAUACGCAACAACUACGCCGUCCCCUCAUCCAUACGUACAGCAGCAACAACUGCCAGCACGGACACACACGCCACCCCAGAGUUUACCGCAAUUUCCUCUCCGACAAGGCAGUCUUCCUGCCGCACCUGGUCUUCCACAGCGACCAUCCUUCGGUGGUGCACCAGCCAUGGCUCAUCCCUUGCCUCCAAUGCAACAUCCACUUCCCGGUGUUCCUUCUCCUAGUAUUCCUCAAGGAUAUAGUCAAUAUUCUCCACCAGAAACUACUACACCAGCCAUAUCUACCGCACAUAUCUCAACUUCGGUCGACGAAUUAAUAUCUGGAGCAGCCAAGACAGCUGAAGCUCGGGCUCAGGCAACGCCACCAGCAGCUGAAAAGCAGCCAACCUCCGCGGAGGAAAAGAAAGGAAAGAAGGAAAAGGACAAAUCAAAGACAAGGUUGGUUUAUUCCGACAACGAGACAAGCCCCGAAGAAAAAAUGGCAAGGAUACCGAGAUAUGCGUACUCUCCUCCUCUUGUAGGAGGAAGAGAGACUGUACUCAUGGAUGCUACUGUUCCAGCAGUUGCCCGACCAACGACGAAUUCGGACGAUGUCAUCGAUGCUUCUGGUUAG